GGUUGGAAAUUUUGAAACAUAGUUCUAUUGACAGUGAUGAGAGGCGUAACGGUAUUUGGAUUAUUAGCGAUUGGAGUGGCUCUGACCAAUGGUGAGUUCGGGCAAAGUUUGAGUUUAGACGGAAUUACAAUGUUGUGUAUUUAUGCAGCUUAUGGCAUUGGAUUAAGUGGCAACCUUGGUGGCCUGGGCGGAGGUUUAAAUAUUGGCGGUUCCAGUAGUGAUAAUGGUGGAUUCCUGGGAUCUGGUAUCUCUGCGGGUCUUGAAGGUAAAAAGAAGGGAGGUUAUGGCGGUUCGGCCGGUAUUGGUGGCAAUCUUGGCGGAUUUGGCGGAAGUUUUGGAGCUUCUCAUGGUCAAGCAACUGGAGCUUAUGGUGGCUCCAAGGGUUCAGCUGGCAUUGGUGGUUCUUUGGGUGGAUUAAGUGGCAAUAUUGGAGCCUCUCACAUUGGAGCCACAAGCCAAAGUUAUGGUGGCUCCAAGGGUUCAGCUGGCAUUGGUGGCUCUUUGGGUGGAUUAAGUGGCAAUAUUGGAGCUUCUCACAGUGGAGCCACAAGCCAAAGUUAUGGUGGCUCCAAGGGAUCAGCUGGCAUUGGUGGAUCUUUUGGUGGAUUAAGUGGAAGUAUUGGUACCUCCCACAGUGACUCUAAGGGAUCUGCCAACAUUGGGGCUUCUCUUGGCGGAUUAAGUGGAAGUAUUGGUUCUUCUCACAAUGGACAAGCCAGUGGAGCUUACAGCGGCUCAAAGGGUUCAGCCGGAAUUGGUGGCUCUUUGGGUGGAUUAAGUGGCAAUAUUGGAGCCUCUCAUAGCGGCGCAACGAGUCAAAGUUAUGGUGGCUCAAAGGGUUCAGCUGGCAUUGGUGCCAAUCUUGGUGGAUUAAGUGGAAGUAUUGGUACCUCCCACAGUGACUCUAAAGGAUCUGCCAGUAUUGGUGCUAAUCUUGGUGGAUUGAGUGGAAGUAUUGGUACGUCUCACAAUGGACAAGCCAGUGGAGCUUAUAGCGGCUCAAAGGGUUCAGCUGGCAUUGGUGGUUCCUUGGGUGGAUUAAGUGGUAAUAUUGGAGCCUCUCACAGCGGAGCCACAAUCCAAGAUGGUGGCCACAAAGUUGGUUAUGGUGGAUCUGGCGCCAUUGGAGCUCCUUCGUCUGCCACGGCUGAUGCUUCUGCUUCUGGAAACAUUGGAGCAGGUUUAAGUGACAUCCAUAAAGGAGUUGCCUCGGGUAUUAGUGGUGCAUCUGGCAUUAGUGGGCCUGGUGUUGGUGGCGAAAAUGUAGCUGGUUCUACCAGCUCGUCUACUGCUUCUGCUAGCGCCAGUGCAACUGGUGUCUCUAGCAUCCUUGGUUCUGGACAUUCAGAAACAUACAACAAAGGUGGUGCUUCCGGAGGUAUAGGAGCCGGUAUUGGUGGUGGUCACAAAGGUGGUUAUGGUUCCGCCAACAAGGGUGGUGUUUCCGGAAGCUUUGGAGCUGGAAUUAGUGGUGGUCUUAAAGAUGCUGAAUUGGGCGCCAUUGGAAGCAGUUCCACUUCGUCCUCAAGUUCCUCUGUAACCACAAGCACUUCAGGUGUCUCUUCUUCUGCUAACAAAGGAGGCUACUCUGGUGCAGCCCAUACCGGAGCCUACAACAGGGGUAGUGCAUCUGGAAGCGUUGGCAUCAGUGGUAACAGAGGUAGCUAUGGUUCAGCUAAUAAGGGUGGUGUUUCUGGCAGCAUUGGAGCAGGAAUUGGUGGAGGACAUAAAGGUGGUUUAGCUGGCAGCAUUGGUGGCAGUUCUACCUCAACUUCCUCUGCUAGCACUACUGUGUCUGGUAGUUCGCACACGGGAGCCUACAACAAAGGUGGUGCUUCCGGAAACAUAGGAGCCGGUAUUGGUGCUGGUAAUAAAGGAAGCUAUGGCUCGGCUAACAAGGGUGGUGUUUCUGGCAAUUUUGGAGCUGGCAUUGGUGGCAGUUCCACCUCAACUUCUUCCGCCAGCGCUACUGUGUCAGGCAGCUCUCAGACAGGUUCCUACAACAAAGGUGGUGCUUCUGGAAGCAUCGGAGGCGGUAUUGGUGGGGGUCAUAAACAAAGCUAUGGUUCAGCCAACAAGGGCGGUGUUUCUGGCAAUUUUGGAGCUGGCAUUGGUAGCGGACAUAAAGGUGGUGUGGCUGGUAGCAUUGGAGGCAGUUCCACCUCAACUUCUUCCGCCAGCGCUACUGUGUCUGGUAGUUCUCACACAGGAGCCUACAACAAAGGUAGCACUUCCGGCGGCAUUGGUGCUGGUAUCGGUGGCGGACACAAGGUAACAUAUGGUGGAUCUAAUAAGGGUAGUGCUUCCUGGAAUUUUGGUGGUGCCAACAAAGGUGGCGCCGCUGGCAAUAAAGGAAAUUACGGUGGCGCCUCUGGCAGCUUUGGAGCAGGUGGUAAUAAAGGUAGCUAUGGAAACAAGGCUACAACUACAACAAGUACCACAACUAGCACGUCUACAGUUUCUGGAUCUGGCAGUGGCUCAGCCCAGGGUUCCGCUGGAUUUUCCUCAACAUCAUCUUCGUCCUCUUCGUCCAUAGUUAAGUCUUUAACACAGGUAACCUCCUCCUCCACUGUCCAAAGCAGUGCCACCAGCCAUGGAUCCACCACAAGUUUUGGUAGUGGAUCUGCCACUACCGGAUCUGCCAGUAGCACUUCAUCGGCUAAUGGUGUUGCCUCAGGUACUAGCUCGGGCUCGGCUUAUGGUAGCACAUCGAGCGCAGCUCAUGGCUCGGGUGCCACUUAUGCCCAGGUUGCUGCCUCCGCUGUGACCGCCUCAAAUCAGGCCAAUGCUCAUGGUUCAUCACUCUCAAAGGGAUCUGGAUCAGCUGGUGGUGCUGGCUACGCCUCUGGUUCUGCUUCGGCUCAUGGUUCAGCAAGUUCCAGCGGCAGUGCUCAUGCUACCGCAUCUGGUACCUCUAAUGCAAGUGGGGCUGCCUCUGCUCAGGCAUUAGCCUCUGGUUCCGCUACUGGAUCCUCCUCUGCUCAAGGUUCAGUUACCGCCACUGGCACUUCUACAGUUUCUGGAACUGGAUCCUCAACAGCCAGUGGAAAUGCUCAUGGCUCAUUAACAAGUCAAGGUGCGGCAACAAGUACUUCCCAAGCAACUGCCACUACAAGUGGUAGCUCGUAUGGCACUGCAUCCGGAUUAGCUUCUGGGGUAGGAUCUUCUAGUGGUAAUGGUAUUGGGUCUGCCUCUGCCCAUGGAUCAGCAUCUGUCAGUGGAACAGCUCACGGAUCCGCAACAGGAUCAGCAUCCCUCAAAGGAACUAGCGCCGCAAGUGGAUCCGCAACAGCUUCUGGCGGUGGAUCUGGAAGUGCAAGUGGAAGUGCUCAUGGAUCAUCAAUAGCCAGUGGAAUUGGAUCUGCUUCUACUGCAAGUGGAUCCGCAACCGCUGCUGGUGUAGGAUCUGGAAGUGGUAUUGCUCAUGGCUCUGCUACUGGAUCGGUUUCCAGUCAAGGAACAAGUACUGCAAGUGGCAACGCUUCUGGAACAAGCCAUGUUGCAGCUGGAUCAUCCUCAGCUGCAGCAUCUGCCACAGCUACUGGCGUAGGUUCCGCCGCUGGCCUCAGUAGUGGAUCGGCUACAUCCGCUGCCGCCAAUGCAGUUGCUUCUGCCGUCGCAAAUUCCCAGGCUGUUGCUUCCAGUGUUUCAUCUGCUUUAGCUUCCGCUGCAAGUCAAGCUACCGUAUCUUCCAAAGGACAAAGUUCGGCUGGACUAAAUGCAGCCCACAAAGGUGGUUCAGUUGGAAUUGGUGGCUCCCAUGGUGGAUUGAGUGCUGGCGUUAGUGGUGGCCACAAAGAGGCGCAUGUAGGUGGAAUUUCUGGAUCGAUUGGUGCCAGUGGCAACUCUGGCGCUAAGGGACAAUCUCAUGGCUCCAGUGGAAGUUUAUCUGCUGGUUUGGAUGCCACACACAAAGGCGGUUACAGUGGUAGCUCCAGUAAUGUUGGCAGUGCUUCUAUUGCUGCCAGUGGCAAUUCUGAAUCAUCCCAUAGCGGAUCGUAUGGCUCCAAGGGAACUCACAAUGCAGGAAUUGGAGCUAGCAUUGGUGGUUCGCAUGAUGGUGGUUAUAGCGGAUCCAGUCAUGGUGGCAGUGCCUCUCUUGGUCUAGGAGGACUGUCGGGCUCCAUUGGUGCCAGUGGCAACUCCGGAUCGUAUGGCUCCAAGGGAAGUCACAAUGGAGGUAUUGGAGCGAGCAUUGCUGGAACUCAUAGUGGUGGCUACAGUGGAUCCAGUCAUGGCGGCAGUGCCUUUCUUGGCCUAGGAGGACUCUCCGGAUCUAUUGGUGCUAGUGGCAAUUCUGGAUCCACACAUAGUGGAUCAUAUGGUUCCAAGGUAACUCAUACUGGUGGUAUUGGUGCUAGCAUUGGUGGUUCGCAUAAUGGUGGCUACAGUGGAUCCAGCCAUGGUGGCAGUGCCUCUCUUGGCCUAGGUGGACUCUCUGGGUCUAUUGGUGCCAGUGGCAACUCUGGAUCUUAUGGUUCCAAGGGAACUCAUAAUGGAGGUAUUGGUGGCUCGCAUAGUGGAGGUUACAGCGGCUCAGUUGGAUCAUCCCACGGCAGUAGUUAUGGAGGUUCUGGCCUCGGACUUAAUUUAGGUGGUCUGUCUGCCUCAAUUGGUGGUGGAAAUCAUGGAUCGUCAGGAAGCUAUGGUGCUUCAUCGAGCAACGGUGGCCUUGGGCUCUCCGCAAAUUUAGGUGGUCUCUCUGGUGGUUUUGGUCUCUUUGGCCGGUAG